UAGAGUAUGUACAAAUUCAUAACCUUUUGCAUAUUGUUUUUCGUAGAAUAAAAAAUACGUUGUAAUUUUGUUAUUUGUUUGUUUUUUUGGGAUUGUUGGUGGAUCAAUUAUCAUCCAUGUUUCAUCGUUAAUAAUACAAACAAAAGAAAAAAACAAUAAACAUCAUUUCAAUUGUUGCAUCAAGUUAUUUAAUAUUUUUCUUUGACAAAUAUUGUUUAUAAAUAAAUAAUAAACCAGAGGGAAGAAUAAUUGAUUAAAUAAAUAAAAUAAUCAAGAUGCCUAGACGUAAAAAGAUGUUUUCAAAAACAGCAAUUGGUGAAGACACAAGAAUUGCUGUUAAUUUAACAAUAAAAAAAUUAAUGGAUACACCAGAACAAAAAGAAUUUGAAUUUCCAUCAUCAUACACAGCUGAGGAACGUGCUUACAUUCAUAAGCUAUGUAUUGAUCUUGGUUUAAAAUCGAAAAGCAGAGGUAAAGGUGCAAAUCGUUUUUUAACAGUUUACAAACGUGAAGGUUCAUCAAUAAUACAAUCUGAUGCAAUAGUUAAACUUCAAAAACCAUCAAAACAAAUAAUAAUUAAUUUAAUACAAAAAUUUCCAUUAAAUGCUAAAGAAAGACAAGAUUUAUUACCACCAACUGAACGUGAACGUACACUUGAUAAUGAAACAAUAACAAAUACAAAAGCAAUGGGUCGUUUGAAUAACAGUAUUCCUCAAGUACCACAAUUAAAAACAAAUCCAGAUUUAGUUAAUUUUCGUAAAAAUUUAACUGUAUUUAAUUCACGUAAUAAAAUAUUAGAAGCAUUAGAAACAAGUCAAGUUGUUGUUGUUGGUGGUGAAACUGGUAGUGGUAAAACAACUCAAGUACCACAAUAUAUACUUGAAAAUUGUCAAGAAAAAAAUCAAGCAUGUCGUAUAAUAUGUACACAACCAAGAAGAUUAUCAGCAGUAUCAAUUGCUGAAAGAGUUGCAUUUGAACGUAGUGAAAAUAUUGGACAAACAUUUGGUUAUCAAAUACGUUUAGAAAGUAGAGUUGCACCAAAAACAUUGCUAACAUAUUGUACAAAUGGUGUUCUAUUACGUACAUUAAUGGGUGGUGAUUCAGCACUUGCAACAAUAACACAUAUUAUCAUUGAUGAAAUUCAUGAACGUGAUCGUUUUUGUGAUUUUUUAUUAAUUGGAUUAAAAGAAGCACUUAAUAAAUUUAGAACAUUAAAACUUAUUUUAAUGAGUGCAACAAUGGAUACAAGUAUAUUUGUUAAAUAUUUUAAUCAAUGUAGUGUUAUUAAUGUACCUGGUAGAUGUUAUGAUGUUGAUGUUUAUUAUCUUGAGGAUAUACUUAAAAUAACUGGUUAUAUGACUAAACAAAUGCUCAUAAAACGUGCUGAAUUUAUUAAUAAAAAUGAACAAAAAAAAGUAUUAGAAUCAUGGACACAAUCAGCACCAAGUAAAAAUAAAAAAAAUAAAAAAAAUUUAUCAAAAAUAACAGCAGCAGCUGGUGCAAAUGCUAGUGCACCUGUAGCAUUACCAAUAUUGGGUCAAAAAAAUAUAUCUGUUGUUGAAAAAAUUGAACUUGAACCAUGGUUACGUGAUGAAAUGGAUAAAAAUAUAUCUGAUGCAUGGUUAUGUGGUGAACAAGAAAAUUUUUCACAAUUAUUACAUUUAAUAAUGUCAGAAAAUAUAUCAGUUGAUUAUCAACAUUCAACAACAUCAGUAACACCAUUAAUGGUAUCAGCUGGACGUGGUUGUAUUAAUACAACUGAACAAUUAUUAAAUCUUGGUGCAAAUUUAAAUAUACGUGCUAGUAAUGAAUGGACAGCACUUGAUUGGGCUAAAAAUAUGAAUGAAAUUGAAUGUGCUGAGUUAAUUGAAUCAUAUAUGAAAUCAUAUUCAUGUAAUUAUGAUAAUAAUUCACCACAAUAUACAGAUGGUGUAUUAUCUGAUGAAGAUAAAUUACUUCUUGAUAUUUAUCAAAAUACAUUUGAUGAUGCAAAUGUUGAUUAUGAUUUAAUGUUAACACUUGUAUUUCAUAUACAUUCUAAAAUGCCACCAGGUGCAAUACUUAUAUUUUUAUCUGGUUAUGAUGAUAUUGUAACAAUGAGAGAUAAAAUUGAACUUGAAGAAAGAAGUUUAAGUCAAUCAAUGAAAUAUAAUUUAUUUGUUCUUCAUUCAAAUAUGCAAACAUCUGAUCAAAAACGUGUAUUUCGUCCAAGUCCACCAGGUGUUAGAAAAAUAAUAUUAUCAACAAAUAUUGCUGAGACAUCAAUAACAAUUGAUGAUGUUGUUUAUGUUAUUGAUUCUGGUAAAGUUAAAGAAAAAUCAUUUGAUGCAAUGUCUGGUGUUUGUUCAUUAACAUCAAAUUGGAUAUCACAAGCAUGUGCUAAUCAACGUAAAGGUAGAGCUGGAAGAUGUCAAAAGGGUAUUUGUUAUCGUUUAUUUUCAUCAAAUCGUUAUGCAAAUAUGCAAAAAUAUCAAACACCAGAAAUACUACGUUUACCACUACAAGAACUUUGUUUAUUUACAAAACAUUUAGCACCAGGUAAUACACCAAUUGCUGAGUAUCUUGAUAGAGCACUUGAGCCACCAUCAAAUGUCGUAUCACGUAAUGCUGUACAAUUAUUAAAAUCAAUUGAUGCACUUGAUGCAUGGGAAGAUUUAACUGAAUUAGGUGUACAUUUAUUAGAUUUACCAGUUGAACCAAGACUUGGAAAAAUGUUACUAUAUUCAGUUGUACUUAAAUGUAUUGAUCCAAUUCUCACAAUUGUAUGUAGUUUAGCAUAUAAAGAUCCAUUUAUAUUACCAUCAAGACCAUGUGAAAAAAGAGCAGCAAGUAUUGCUAGAAAAAAAUUUUCAUCUGAUUCAUAUUCUGAUCAUAUGACUCUAUUAAGAGCAUUUCAAGCAUGGCAACAAGCACGUUCAAGUGGACGUGAACGUCAAUUUUGUGAAAAAAAUUUUAUAUCAUCAGCUGUUAUGGAAAUGAUUGUUGGUAUGAGAUCACAAUUAUUAGGACAAUUAAGAGCAUCAGGUUUUGUACGUGCAAGAGGCUCUGGUGAUAUACGUGAUUUAAAUUGUAAUUCAGAAAAUUGGUCAAUUGUUAAAGCAUGUCUUGCUGCUGGUUUAUAUCCAAAUUUAAUUCGUGUUGAUAGAGAUUUUUCACAAAUGAGAACACAAAAAGAAACAAAAGUACGUUUUCAUCCAUCAUCAACACUUCGUGAUUUAGAAAAAUCAUCAACAACAUCAUCACAAUCACAAUCACAUUGUUCAAAUGUCAGUACCCUACCAGCUGACUGGUUAGUUUAUGAAGAAAUGAGUCGUGCUGGACGUUUUUGUCAUGUUAAAACAGUAACAUUAAUUAAUCCAAUGACUGUUGCAUUAUUUAGUGGUCCAUCAAGAUUAGCUAUGGAUACAAUAUAUGAAACAGAAUCAAUGCCAGAAAGUGAAUCUGAUUCUGAAGCUGAAGAUAGUCGUGAAGGUAUGACUAUACUUAAACUUGAUGAUUGGGUUGUAUUUAAAAUGGAAUUUGAAACAGCACGUUUAAUUCUUAAUUUACGACAAAAAUGGAAUGCAUUAUUUUUAAGAAGAAUGAAAGCACCAACAAAACCAAUGACACCACUUGAUGAACAAGUUAUUAAAGCAAUUGUCAGUGUUAUUACAAAUGAAGAACAAGCAUUUGAUCUUUCACAACCAACUGGUAUUGGUCAACGUCCUCGUCCACUUAUUGUUGAUUAUUAUCCAGCAAAUGCAAGACGUACUGAUGAUGUUGAACAGUAAAUAAUGGAAACUUUUUAAUCCAAUGCCUCUGACUUCAUGUACCUUCCUCGUUCUAUAAUUUAAAAAAAAACAAAUUUAAAUGUGUUAUUUUAACUUAAAAAAAAAGGUGAUAUUACGUUAUGAACAAGUCAGGAUUAUGGUAUUAUUAGUUUCUAAUAGUUUUUUCUAUUUUGCUUCGAUUGUUUUUUUUUUUUUUUUCACUACGAAACUUGUACUAUUUUUAGUCAAUUCUACGUCAUAAUAUUACAAUGAUAUAAGUUGAUAUUAAUUCAACAUUUAAAAGACUUGUAUUUUAUAUAUUAAAAACAUUUUAAAAAUUAAAAAAAAAAAGCAAAUAUAUAUGUGAAUAAAAAAUAAAAUAUAUGUGAAAAAUAAGUACUGAACUUUUAAUUAUUUUUAUUUUAAAUAAUAAUAUUUAUUAAAAGUUAAUAUUUAUUUUAUUUGAUUAUUUCUAAAAAAAUUUAAUAAUUGUCUAAUAAAAUAUGUUGCAAGUAAUAA